AUGUACUCGCAACGAAUUGGGGAGUUGGUUCCGAAGAAGAUUGAGAGUCUGUAUCAGGGGCGAAUUCGCCAGUUUACUGAUGCCAAUGGCCAAUAUCGUGAGCUGAAUCUCCCGGCUUUCUAUGAUCGCAAACGAGUGCACGCGGGCCAAGUAAAGCUCGAGGUUUACUCGGUUCCUGAUCUUGAGCGCCCACUCUUCAAGGAAGUUAUGAAAAAGGCAGAAUGGAUGGAGGCUUCAAUUGGUGAAAGCUUUGGUCCAAGCUGGGCUACACACUGGUUUAAAGUACAAGUUGCGGUUCCCGAUGGAUGGAAAGACUACAAGGAACCAGCCGUCUUUGACUUUGAUUCUAGCGAUGAAGGUUUUUUAUACCUGGAGGAUGGUACUCCCCAAGUUGGUCUGAGUGGAGAACAUAAGCGCAGAGAGUGGGAAAUUCCUUCAAAGUGGUAUGACGGCAAUUGGCACACUUUCUACAUUGAGACAGCUUGUAACAACAUUCAAGGCCUCGGAGCCCCACCACCUACCAAUUUACAGUUUCGACUCAAUACUGCUGAUCUGGUAGUACCCAAUGCUGCUGCUAGAGCACUGAAUAUUGACUUCUGGAUCAUUGGAGACGCUGCGCGCGAGUUCCCUGGUGAUUCUUGGCAAAAGCACCGUGCCCUGGAUGUUUUGAACCGUAUUAUGAAUACAUUCGACUAUGAUAACCCUGACGAGUCAAUUGCUAAGGCACGAGAAAUUGCUCAAGAGUAUAUCGGUCCGAAUGUUGACUCCAGUAGGGUGUAUGCUCAGCCCAACAACGCAGUUGGUCCGGUUAACGCAGAGUCUUCGAUUGUCUAUGCGAUGGGAAACUGUCAUAUUGACACUGCUUGGCUGUGGCCGUUUGCUGAAACAAGACGUAAAAUUGCUCGUUCGUGGGCUUCGCAGUUGAACCUGAUUGAGCGGUAUCCUGAAUACAAGUUUUCUGCUUCCCAAGCCGUACAAUUUUCCUGGCUUUUGGAAGAUCAUCCAGAUCUAUUCGACCGGGUCAAGCAAGCUGUAAAGGAUGGUAGUUUUAUCCCUGUCGGCGGUGCAUGGGUGGAAUGUGAUACCAACAUGCCAUCAGGUGAAAGCUUAGCAAGGCAGGUUCUGCUCGGCCAGGCAUUCUUCAAAGAGCACUUCAAUAUGCAAAGUCGGAUUUUCUGGUUACCUGACACAUUCGGGUACUCACCCCAGCUCCCCCAGAUCUGCCGCCUUGCAGGUAUGGAUCGGUUCUUGACUCAGAAACUAAGUUGGAAUAAUGUCAAUGUUUUUCCAAACUCGACGUUCAAUUGGGUAGGCCUGGAUGGAUCCCAAGUCCUUUGCCAUAUGCCUCCAGCAAAUACAUACACUGCAGAGGCUCACUUUGGUGAAGUGAAGCGAUCCAUAUCACAACACAAAAACUUGGAUACUGAACAGCAUGGUCUUCUUUUGUUUGGCCAUGGUGAUGGUGGCGGUGGUCCUACCGCAGAAAUGCUCGAGAAAUUACGACGUUGUCGUGGUCUAGCUGAUCAAGUUGGAGAGCUUCCCCGAGUCGAUGUUGGCCGCACUGUGGAUGACUUUUACGAUGUCAUUCUCCAGAAUACCAACCAAGGCUCAUCUUUGGUAUCAUGGGUUGGGGAGUUAUAUCUGGAGUACCAUCGUGGUACGUAUACCACACAGGCGUUCAUUAAAGAAUCCAACCGACGCGCCGAAGUCUUGAUGCAUGACGCAGAGCUACUUGCCACCUGCGCAAGCCUCCACGAUGAUAAGUUCAAUUACCCUUAUGAGCAGCUAAGGGGUACCUGGAGACUUGUUUGUCAAAACCAGUUCCAUGAUGUUUUACCAGGUUCAUCGAUUGGCGAAGUAUACAAGGAAGCACGCGGUCUGUACACAAAGAUUUUCCAAUCUGGGUACAAAAUCAUAGAUGAUGCGUUGGAGGCUUUGGGAUACGAACCUGAUAGCAGUGCUGAGGUCAACACUUUACCGUGGGCUCGAUCGGAGUUGAAGAAACUAACGGUAGGAAUCGAGUCUGAUGAUACUGUGUUGAGUAACGAAUGGCUCGCCGUGACGCUUGUGAACGGCGUUGUUUCGAGAAUUUUUGACAAGCGGGUCAAAAGAGAUGUGCUUUUACCUGGCACAGCUGGUCAUUUAGUUCUAUUCGAAGAUCAACCUACGAACUUCCCAGCAUGGGAUACCGAGGUUUAUGCAACCGAAAAGGGAGUGACUCUUGUACCCGAUUCUGAGGAGCUCAAAGAUGAUGUUCAUAUUGCCCAUUACAAGUUCAAAAAGUCCAAGGCUGUUGUGUACACGUCACUGCAUGACGAUCAGUUGAGAGUUCGCAUAGAUGUUGACUGGCAUGAGACUUACCAGUUCUUGAAAGCCGAGUGGCAUCCCGACAUUGUAUCUGACUUUGCGACUUAUGAGACUUCGUUUGGCAUGCACCGCCGUCCCACCCAUUUCAACACGACUUGGGAGGCUGCCAAAUUCGAGGCCUGUGGUCACAAAUUUGCUGAUCUUAGUGACUGGAACUACGGGGUUUCUUUGUUGACCAACUCGAAAUACGGCUACUCAAUUCAUGGUAAACGGAUGAGACUCAGUUUGCUGAGAUCUCCGAAAUCUCCGGAUGCCGAUGCCGACAUGGGCAAGCACUCGAUCGAAUAUCGCUUGUUGAUGCACCGGGGCCCCAUGAGCCCGCAAGUGGUGAGGGCUGCAUAUGAGUUCAACUACCCGCCAUUGUCGUAUCGGGCAGUAAAGGGAGCGAAGGACCUCGAUCUGUUUACUGUUGACUGUGAGAACGUUGUUAUUACUGCAGUCAAACUAGGCGAGUCAGAGCGCAAAAACGAGGUAAUUGUGCGCAUGUACGAGGCUAUGGGUGGUCGCAACCGCAUGACGCUUACGAGCAAGAUGAAGCUCAAGCAAGCGACAAGGGUAAACCUACUGGAACAAGAGGUUGGUGAUGAUCUCGAACUAGAUGAGAGCAGUCUUGAGUUGGAAAUCAAUCCAUUUGAAAUUGUCACUCUCCGCCUGCGAGUAGCCUAG